CUGACAUUGUCACUGAUUUACCUUCCCGAGAACAGAACAUAAAUACAUUCUUUCAUCAGAUUUGAUCCCUGAAGUGAUUCAGGUUCCCUCUGCUGUUCUCAUUAAAAUCCGUCCAGAGGACGUUUUACAGAAUCAUGUGGUUUUAUGGAAAUAAUGCCUGAAUAUUUACACACGUCUUAGUGCAGAGCUGCAGAUCUCAGGUAGAAUGCACAUUGUUGCCAUUUCCCUCUUUAUGGCCACACUGAUUCCAAACGGGUUAAAAGACAAAACAUUCAAACAUUUAGAUAUUUAUCCAUCAUCCAUUUCCAGUAGUCACUGGGCCAAAGGCAGGGACAACUGGACAUGUACCCGUCCAUCACAAGGUUUAUUUUACAUUCCCAUAAUUUGUUCAAGUUCCUGACUUUCCUGUUCACCCUGUCAUUUUGUGGUCACUGUCCCUUUAAGAGGCCGGCGGGUACAGUUACUCCAAAGUCAUGCACUCACAGCUGUAAUUGCUUUGGUUUUCGCCUGUCAUGGUCAAACAUUAAAUCAUAUUUGGUUGAAUUAGAACACAUUGACCAUCUGUCAACAUUUUCUUUAUGUCGUGGUUUAAACUAGUUUGUCAGCAGACGUUCUGUUCCUCUAGAUGUUUCUCUGCUGCGUCUCCUGUCUGUCCAAAUGAACUCCGAGGUUUUUAUAUUCCUCCACUUCUUCUCAGUGAUGGAAACAGAAUGUGACCUUUGACCCUGUUUUUCAGAGAUGAUUCUGAAAUCAUCUCUUUUGUUUUGUUUCCAUCCGAGAUUAUUUGAUUGUUCCCUCCAUGCCACCAAGCGUCCAGCUGCUCUCAGUCCUCUGGUCCAUUUCUGAACCAGAGACUACCGGAAGUCUGAAGAGCAGAGAGAGAAAGGAAUGGUGAUGAAGAAGGACGACCCUCCUGAGAGAGGAGGAAUUACCGAAAGACAUUCCCGUCCAUUUUCAUUUCUACGCCAGAACAGCAUGCCUGCAUCGCUGCACACGCAUCCCACAGCCAGCGGCGAGGCUGCCAGCUACAGGGUCUACAAAGGCCGCAUCGCAGGGGCCAAUAGCGGUCUCCCGCUGGAAGGAAGCCGGCGAUGCCUUCAGAAAUCUUAUUCUCUGGAUGAAAGUAAAACAAAGAUGGCGUCAAGCCUCUUAAUGAACAUCUUGUCCAAGAAGAUGCAGGUGGAGCAGAGCAGCACAACUAACAGCCUGAAGAAGCUGGAGGCAGCACCUGCCCCACCUGCUCUACCUGCCCCCCCUGCAGGGCAGCAGGGUGAACAGCAGGGGAAGACAGGUGCAUCCAAAGCUCCACUGCACCUGGUCAGAGAUGUGAAGAGUUUCAACAGCCUCAACAACAGCAAAGCUGUUAGCAUGAACUCAACGAGCUGCAACGCUAUUGGCCAGGAGGAGAGCGUCUCACGUCACCCUGCUGCAGAGGGUAAACAUCAUGCUGCCAUGGUUACGGCAUCUCUCAGCAAAUCACAGAACAGGCAACAGGACGACGCUGACAGCCGUCCAGCAGCAAAUGAGAAACAAAACAGUCAUCCAAUGGACAAGUCUGAAGACACGCCCCCUGUCCAACCCGUCCACCAUGUCCAAUCCAUUCGCCACAUCCAACCCGUCUGUCAUGUCCAACCCGUCCACCAUGUCCAACCUGUCCGCCAUGUCCCUUCAGAGCUGAACCAAUCAGAGACAGCUGCAGUCUCCUUUGCCCCCUUGCAGCGCUCACCACCCGAUCUCCAGAAACAGAAGUCCUCUGAGUCUGCCCCAGAGCCCCACUUCCGUCCAUGCUCCACCCAGAGCCAGCACUCCACCCGAUGUGAAGCUUCUCCCUUUGCUCCCAUCCAGCUCCUCCAUCCCUGUUUUUACAGGCUGCAACCCAACCUGAGAAGCGUCCCCUUUAUUCACCCUCCUCUGACCUGCAUGCCAUCCCACCUCAAUCCCCCAGCUCCCCCCCACCUGUUGGUGAACCCUGACAAAAGUCCAAUCAAAGUCAGGGAUAACUUUUCAAAUCGGACUGAAACCAGCAGAGAUCCGGACCACAGGAGCUUUGGGAGAUGUGAACAGGUUCAACCGCCACAGCAGCCCUUACCUGUGAGUUCACAGACUUUCACACUUGGCCAGGUAUGCAAGGACCUGGUUUCCACUGCAGCACCGGGAGUCUUGUUUAGUGUGCCUGCUUCCUAUCACCUUGUGUUAGACGCCAGCAGUCAACGUGGCUUCUACAUGGACGCCAGUCCAGCAGCUCAGAGAAAGCUGCUGCUGGACCCGGAAACUGGACACUUUGUCCAGGUGUUCCUACCUGCAGGCUCCGCCCCCCCCAUGUUGGAGGGCAACCCAACAGUCCUGCCAGUCAUUCAGUUUCCAGUGAUGGGCGUGCCCGUGCUGUACAGUGGCCCCUACGUACCUGUUACCAUGACAACACCUCAUGAUGAUGUCGCCAUGAUCCUUCAUCACACCUGAAGCUCCAGCUGCUCCUCUAGAUUUUAUUUUUCUAAUUAAUGUUUAAUGUCAGUGACAAGAACAAACUGGAAACCAAAGGACUUUAAAUAGGCCGUGUCUGCUGCAGCAGCUUCCUUCUCAGGAGGUCAAAGUUCAUCACAGGUUCUGUUGACAAACCAUAAUGUGAUCAGAGGAGGACUUCAGGGUUAGGGUUAACCCUUUGCUUCUGAGCUUUACUGACUCCUUCAUUUCUAUCAAAUGUCAAUAAAACUUCAACAUGAAAAGCAGUGGAGUUCAUAAAAUAAGGCUGAAACUUCAUUUAAUGUGAAAUCUGUGCUGAAAUCAAAAAUGUCAGAUUUUCAUUCUUUCAAUGUCAAUCUUUGAAGUUGCAGGUUUGAAUAAAUUAACCAUUGUGAUCAAA